AUGAACACCGCCCGCUCCACCGAUUCCCAAGAGGAGGGCGUGCCCAUGACCAUCGCCGCCUCCCACCUCGACGGUCUAGUCCUCUCGCUCACGCCCAACAGCCACAGCUACAACUACCGCAGCGCGAUCCUCUUCGGGCACGCCACGCUAGUCACCGACCCCGCCGAGAAGCUGUACGCGAUGGAGCUGAUCACCAACAGCGUGGUGCCCGGGCGGUGGGCGCACACGCGGGUGCCGCCCAACGCGGCCGAGAUGCAGAGCACCAGCGUGCUGCGCGUGCGGGUCAGCACGGGCAGCGCCAAGAUCCGCACGGGCGAGCCGCAUGACGAGAGGGGCGAUAUGGAGGAUGCGGGGCUGCUGGAAAGGGUGUGGACCGGCGUGGUGCCCGUUUAUAUGGUGAGGGGGGAGCCCGUGGCCGGGGGGUAUAAUAGGGUGGAGGGGGUGCCUGAGUAUUUGGAGGGGUGGAGGGGGGAGGUUAAUGAGGAGGCGGAGGUGUAUGCUAGGGAGGCGGUGGGGAGGGAGGUGGUGGCGAAGAAGGGGGGUGAGUGA